GUUGAAAAGAAUGUAGCGCCCUCUGCUGUAAAAUUAUGCAUCAUAAACAAUAACUUCAUUUCUUUGCGUUAUGUGUGAAACUAGUGUUUAUUCAAAUAAAUACUGUUUUAUUUAUAUUUCAGAUAUGCCUUAUGCAUACAGUGUUUGUGAUUAAACUCACGAGAAAAGCAGCUUACAGGCGCAUUGUCUGUUAUAUUCUAAAGAGCAUUAUUAUUCAUAAAGCUGAACAAUCACAGGGUUCUUAAAAUAAAGAUUCUCUUGCUUAUACUGGUGUGAAGCUUUAUUCAAGGAUUAUGUGUGAUGAAUCUUAUAAGGAUGAAUGUAAUUUAAAAGAAUACAAUGUUUUUCUUUCUAAAGAGAAACCAUUUUCAUGUAAUGUGUGUGAUAAAACAUUUAAGCAGAAAAGUCAUUUAAAUAGACACUCUCUUAUUCAUACUGGAGAAAAACCUUAUUCCUGCAGUGUAUGUGAUACAGCAUUCAUCCAGAAGCAAAGCUUAAAUGUUCACUAUCUCAGUCAUACUGGAGAAAAACCAUAUUCAUGCAGUGUAUGUAAUAAAACAUUUACUCAAAGAACUUACUUGAAUAAGCACUCUCUUGUUCAUACUGGAGAAAAACCUUAUUCGUGCAAUAUUUGUGAUAAAAAAUUCUCUCGGAAAAAAAGAUUAGAUGAACACUAUAUUUUUCAUACUGGACAAAAACCAUAUUCAUGCAAUGUGUGUCAAAAAACAUUUUUGCAAAAAAAUAAUUUAGAUAGACACUCUCUUAUACAUACUCCAGGAAAACCUUAUGUGUGCAAUGUAUGUGAUAAAACAUUUAGACGGAAGGAGAGUUUAAAUGAACAUAAAUUUCUUCAUACUGGAGAGAAGCCAUAUUCAUGCAGUGUAUGUGAUGAAACAUUUGCAUGUAAAGGAUAUUUAAAUAGACACUUUCAUGUUCAUACUGGAAAAAAAACCAAUAAAUCAAUAACACCAAAAAUUUCCAUGAAUAAGCGUUCUUUUCUUCAUACAGAAGAAAAACCUUUUGCAUGCAAUGUAUGUAAUAAAACAUUCAUGCAGAAAAAAAAUCUCAUUGAACAUUAUUUUCUUCAUACUGGACAAAAACCUUACAAAUGCAAUGUGUGUAAUAAAACAUUUGCACGGAAAACAAGUUUAAUUGAGCAUUCUUUUCUUCAUACUGGAGAAAAGCCUUAUUCUUGUAGUGUAUGUGAUAAGUUAUUCAGUCGAAAAGGAAAUUUAAAUAAACAUUCACUUCUUCAUACUGGAGAAAAACCUCAUUCAUGCAGUGUUUGUGAUAAAACAUUUAGACGGAAAGAAAGUUUAAAAAUACACUAUUUUGCUCAUACUGGCGAAAGGCCUUAUUCAUGCAGUAUAUGUAAUGAAACAUUCAAACGUAAAUUUUGUUUAAAUAAACACUUUCUUCUUCAUACUGGAGAAAAACUUUAUUCAUGUAGUUCAUGAUAAAACAUUCUCUCAGAAAGUUUAAAUGAACAUUCUUAUGUUGAUCAUACAACGUGUCGUAACAUAUUUUACCAGAAAUUCUCUUGUUAAUAAAGGGAAAGAAAAAAAAUCCUAUUCAUGGCAUGUGUCAUAAUAUUUUAUUUUUUUUUUGCUUCAAAAUCCAUUUUAAUACACUCUUUUUGUUUUUAGCAGAGAAACUUUAUUUAUGCAGUGUAUGGAAUAAAACAUUUUAUGAGAAAACUUG